UUUUUUUUUUUUUUUUUUUUUCCUUUGUAGUCCUGAAACUUUAAAGUCUAAGGAGAAAACUGGAGUCUGCCACAGACCAGGGUGCUUCUACACUGGUGCAUUCUCUUCUGAAAGAGGAACAGCUUCUGAAGGGUGGCAGCAAUGACAGGGACGGAAAGAAAACGGAGUGGAGUGUGGAGGAAGAUCCGGGCUGUUGGCGUUGAGGACAUCAAGCUGUGGUGCACAAGAAGGCUGCCCAUUCUGAAAUGGGCACCCGCCUACAAUUGGAGGGAAAAUUUGGUUCCUGAUGCAGUUUCUGGGGUGAUGCUAGCCAUUCAACAGGUGACCCAAGGGCUGGCCUUUGCUGUUCUGUCUUCAGUCCAUCCAGUUUUUGGUUUAUAUGGCUCUUUAUUCCCUGUGAUUAUUUAUGCAGUCUUUGGAACGGGACGCCAUGUUGCAACUGGAACUUUUGUUUUAACUUCUUUAAUAUCUGCCAAUGCAGUUGAACGUCUUGUUCCUUCAGCCAAUGCUAGUUUCACUACAAGCAAUGAUUCAGGAGUCCUGGGCCUCUCCGAGUUUGAAAUGCAGAAGAUAGGAGUUGCUGCAGCAGUCUCAUUUUUAGGAGGACUCAUUCAGGUAGCAAUGUUUCUGCUGCACUUGGGCAGUGCCACCUUCUUGUUAACAGAGCCAGUGAUAAGUGCAAUGACAACUGGAGCAGCGACACAUGUUGUGACUUCGCAGGUGAAGUAUCUGCUGGGCAUGAAAAUGCCAUACAUCUCCGGACCAUUGGGAUUUUUUCAUAUUUAUGCCUACAUAUUUGAGAAUAUCAGAUCAGUUCAGCUGGAGGCUUUGCUUCUGUCCCUGCUGAGCAUUGUGGUGCUUGUUCUUGUUAAAGAGUUGAAUGAGAAAUUUAAAAGAAGUAUUAAAGUAGUUCUUCCUAUCGAUCUAGUUUUGAUAAUCGCUUCUUCCCUUGCCUGCUACUACGCUGAUAUGGAAUACAUCUACGGGCUAGAAGUUGUGGGACAUAUUCCUGAAGGGAUACCAUCACCAAGAGCACCACCCAUGAGUGUCCUCCCUGAAGUGGCCACUGAAGCUUUUGGAGUAGCCCUGGUUGGUUACGCAGCCUCUCUAGCUCUAGCCCAAGGCUCUGCUAAAAAGUUUAAGUAUUCGGUGGAUGAAAAUCAGGAGCUUUUGGCUAAUGGCCUCAGCAACGUGAUUCCUUCAUUUUUCUUUUGCAUACCAAGUGCUGCAGCGAUGGGACGUACAGCACUUCUAUAUAGUACGGGCGCCAAAACACAGGUGGCUUGCCUUAUCUCUUGUACAUUAAUUCUUGUAGUGAUCUAUGCAGUCGGACCCUUGCUAUAUUGGAUGCCCAUGUGUGUUCUAGCAAGCAUCAUUGUUGUGGGCUUGAAGGGGAUGCUGAUGCAGUUCCGUGACUUAAAAAAAUAUUGGAAUGUGGAUAAAGUAGACUGGAGCAUAUGGGUUAGUACCUAUGUGUUUACAAUAUGCUUUGCUGCUAACGUGGGACUGUUGUAUGGAGUUGUCUGCACAAUCUCAGUUGUGAUUUUCCGCUUUUCCAGAGUAAAGACACUGAAUUUGAAAAAUAUGAAAGAGGUGGAUUAUAAAUACAAAACAGAAGAAAACUGUGAAUCAUUGAAACAGGCACAGAUAAUUUCAAUCAAUAACCCAUUAGUCUUUCUGAAUGCCAGGAAAUUUCAUGAAGAUUUGAUAAAAAUAAUCCAGAAGGACAGCACAAGCACUCAAGCAUAUGAAGAUAUAAACAAGUGUGAGCAGAAUGCGUUGCUCUGUUCACUUUCCAAUGGAAGUUGUUGUGGUGAGUCCUUGUCUCAGCCAUGCCACGAGCAGCGACAGGCUUUGAUACUAGACUGCAGUGGACUGAAUUUCUUCGACUAUACUGGAGUCUCAAUGUUGCUUCAGAUUUACAUGGAUUGCAAAAGCAGACACAUUGAUGUGUUGCUAGCACACUGCAAAGCUUCCUUGAUAAAAGCUAUGCAGUAUGGAGGAAACCUGGACUCUGAAAAUCCCAUCUUCUUUGAGUCUGUUUCUUCUGCAAUCAGUGCCCUUCAAAUCAACAGGAAUUACAGCAAAUUCAGUGAACAAAGUGAAAUGUAAUGUCGACACACUGCAUGUGUUUUUUUUGAUCUGCUCAUAUUUGGAGUGAAUACACCACAGUUUUUAUUUGGCUUCUUUUUUCAUCAGGAGAUCUUGCAGAAGAURUUUUGUAUAACAUAUAUGUUUACUGCAUUUAGCAGUGACAGGUCUGCAGAGAAAGAGAAAAAAAAUCAGAUACC